ACCGUUCCCGCGCAGGAUUCCUGGUGUCGGCAUUUGCUCGUGGACGUGAGACUGUUGUGAGUAUACGCUUUCCGUGCGAACCGGCCAAGCCUGUACUUAUACCCCGCCGGCUCAACCAGCCACACUUCUCAUCCAUCCCCUCAUCGUCCCUGUGGCUGAACACUCACCCGACCCAUACCUAUCGCCACAGUACAGUACGUAGCACACCAUGGCGGAACUAGUCUCCGGCAUCGCAAAGCUCAAUCCUUUUUCCAAGAAAAGCGUCGAUGAUGAAGACAAGGGCGAGGCCAUUGAUGCGCGGACUGUGGCUGGCGGGGGCCAUGCCUCACGAGAAUCGCACAUCACCAAAGACCAACUCCGCGUGAGCAAAGGACUACAGCACCAUAUUAUCGAGAAUAACAUCUUGCACAAGCCAGAGUCCGGCUCAGAAGCAGAAUGGGUUUCAGCGUUACGGGAGAUGCUUAGCAGGAACCACGUCCAAAUCCCCCGCGAACUCCUUGACAGAAACCAUCCACUUCCCGAGUACUUUAUCAGUUCAUCGCACAACACGUACCUAAUGGCUCACCAACUCUAUGGCGAGUCACGUGCCCAGGCAUACGAGAUCGCCCUUCACACUGGAUCGCGUUGCGUUGAGAUUGAUGCUUGGGACAACGAUGAAAAUGCCGAUGAGCCCAAAGUCACUCAUGGCUACACACUCGUCUCUCACAUACCCUUCCGUGAGGUGUGUGAAACAAUCCGGGAUGUUGUUGACAGAGAGGCUGCAAAUGAGGUCGAUGCUGCACCCAUCCUCAUCUCCUUGGAGAACCAUUGUGGCCCGCACGGUCAGCUUCGCCUGGUACAAAUCUUCCAAGAGGUUCUUGGCCACCGGCUCCUUAGUCAAGAGGUGCGUGACAAAGGCACACGCGAACAAAACGACCCGGAAAAGCAUGAGCAUGUCACCCUUGCCGAGUUGGGGAACAAGGUGGCAGUCAUUGUUGAGUAUCACUUACCCAAUGAACCGGAGACCAGCAGCAGCAGCUCGUCCAGUUCCGACGAUGAAGAGCAAAAGCAAGCACACCAGGCAUAUGUGGAACAAAAGAAGACCGCCCAGACUGGCACUGUCAUUCCUGAGCUUGCAAACCUGGGGGUGUACGCGCAGUCUGUCAAGCCUGUUAACAACUCGUGGUUCGAAAGCCAUCUUGAAAAUGCACCACACCACCAGCUCAUCAACGUCUCUGAAUCUGGUCUCAAGAGUCAUCUCCCAGCCAACAGCGCAAAGAUUGCUCACCAUAACGCCCACCAUUUGAUGCGUGUCUACCCCAAGGGCACCAGAAUUUCCUCCAAGAACCUAGCGCCUGUCCCUUUUUGGAGCAUCGGCGCACAGAUAUGCGCGCUCAACUGGCAAACCUUUGGCGCGGGCUCGCAGAUCAACGAAGCGCUCUUCACUGGCUCCAGCGGAUACGUCCUUAAGCCUGCUGCCCUGCGUGCGGGUGGCUCUGGAAACCUUGGCACUGGAAGGCGGAAGCAGCUCCGACUGCACGUUGCGGGUGCAACGGACAUUCCUCUGCCCAAAACACGCGACCCCAACGAAAUCAAGCCUUACCUAACAUGCACGCUUGUACACCCCAAUGACCUGAACAACAUGCCUCCAAAGCGCAAAACCGCCGUCUACAAACCUCAUAAGCUUACUGGGUUUAUGCACAAAGAUAACCCGCCUGCCACUGACCCCCUGUGGAAAGAAGUACUUGAGUGGGAGUACGAGGAUAAUGAGUUGAUUUUCUUGCGCAUGUUGAUCAAGAGCGAUGAUAGUUUCUCCAAGAACCCGCUUUUUGCUGUUGCGGCUGUGAGACUAAUGUACGUUGUGCCGGGGUGGGUUUUUGUGCGCAUGUUUGAUCUGGCUGGACACGAAACAGCGUGUACGAUACUCGUCAAGUUUGAAUUUCUAGACAUUUAGAAAGAUCGAACUUGGGGUAUUGGAGUAGGAGUGGUCCGGGCGGCUACUUUAGAGGCUUGUUAUGUGGGUUUGUCUGAGGGGGGUUGGGUGAGUGUAGUCUCUGAAGGGGCUGCAGACUCUAGUACCUCCACCAACCUAUUUCUUAAAUGCUAUAUAGGUUGGCCUACUACCUAUGCAGCGUUUCACAGUAUCACUUGUCGAGGGCGACUAUUGGGGACGUUACUCACCUCUUGAUAAUGCGCAAAUCAAAGUCCUAUAUCCUU